CGCCUUGGGGGGGUCACAUGACCGAUUCGGCCCGGCGAGGCAACAUGGCUGCGUCCGAGGGGCCGUCCUUCUGGCUGGGGAAGGAAACCUUGCAAGUCCCAGCAGCGCUUUUUGCCCAGAACAGAUCUCGCUUGUGCGAUCGUCUGAGAGCAAACAAGGAGAUACCAAAGAAGUCGAUCAUCCUCCUGCAGGGCGGGGAGCAAACGAACAGAUACUGCACAGAUACGGGCAUUAUCUUUCGCCAGGAAUCGUACUUCCACUGGACGUUCGGAGUAACGGAGGCAGACUGCUAUGGCGCCGUGGAGGUUGACAGUGGGAACGCCAUCCUUUUUAUCCCCCGGCUUCCAGAAAGCUAUGCCGUUUGGAUGGGAAAGAUCCACCCCCCUGAAUACUUCAAGCAGAAGUAUGCCGUCAACGAAGUGCAUUAUACCGAUGAGCUCUCCCAGGUUCUGGCUUCCAAGGACCCUUCUCUGCUUCUGACUCUGCGGGGAGUUAAUACCGACAGUGGAAGCGUGACCCGGGAGGCGUCCUUUGAAGGCAUCAGCCAGUUCACAGUAAACAACACGAUUCUGCACCCAGAGAUUGCCGAAUGCCGUGUGAUUAAGACGGACAUGGAGCUGGAAGUUCUUCGCUACACCAAUAAAAUUUCCAGCGAAGCUCAUAAAGAGGUGAUGAAGGCUGUAAAACCUGGCAUGAAGGAAUAUGAGCUCGAAAGCCUUUUCCAGCACUAUUGCUAUACACGUGGAGGAAUGCGCCACACUUCCUACACAUGCAUCUGUGGCAGUGGACACAAUAGCUCAGUUUUACACUAUGGACAUGCUGGAGCACCAAAUGAAAAGACCAUUGAAGACGGAGACUUAUGCUUAUUCGACAUGGGAGGGGAAUAUUACUGCUAUGGCUCAGACAUCACCUGCACCUUUCCAGCCAACGGAAAGUUCACUCCUGACCAGAGGGCCAUCUACGAGGCAGUGCUGAAGUCAUCCCGGGCUGUUCUGAAGGCGGUCAAACCAGGAGUCGCUUGGCCUGACAUGCACCGUCUGGCAGACCGAGUCCAUCUGGAAGAGCUCACAAAAAUUGGCAUCCUCCAAGGCAACAUUGAAGACAUGGUGAAGGUUCAUCUGGGAGCUGUGUUCAUGCCUCAUGGGCUUGGCCACCUCCUUGGCAUUGACGUGCAUGACGUCGGAGGCUACCCAGAGGGUGUGGAACGCAUUGAUCUGCCAGGACUUCGGAGUCUUCGAACUGCCCGUGUCCUUGUCCCAGGCAUGGUAUUGACGGUUGAACCUGGCAUCUACUUCAUUGACCACCUCUUGGACCAGGCCCUGGCUGAUCCUGCCCAGGCCUGCUUCCUCAAUAAUGAAGUCCUGGCACGCUUCCGAGGUUUUGGUGGGGUGCGGAUUGAAGAUGACAUUGCCGUGACGGCCACAGGAAUGGAGCUGCUGACCUGUGUUCCGCGCACCACAGACGAAAUCGAAGCAUUCAUGGGAGAAGCCCAGAGCAGCAGCAAAUCUUUUGCUUCAGUCUCUAGCCAAUGCUUGUAAGAGUGAAGAGAGUGGCUUUGCUCUCAUGAGCACUGCAGCGCUGAAGGACAACAUGCAGUCCUGCAAAUGCUCCCUUACAGUUAAGGCACUGCUCUAUUGCAAAGAAAAGAAAAGGCUUUGUGGCUUUCACUAUAUUUUUUAAUACUACAGUGGGCCAUGUAAAACGUUUUGACUCAAAAAACUAAUUAUGUUCUUGCUGCUUUCUAAGGAGUCAUGUUGCUGAAAAGAAUCUGUUUGACUGAUGAUGGUUAUAAAUCACUGCCUGGAAAGCUCUAUUGUUAACCAAAUAUAUUAAAAUAGGAAUAUAUAUAAUCUUUGAAUACAUAAUUACCAACACAAAGAGCAGAAUUGCUGCCUUAGAUCAAAUCUGAUGGAACUAUUUUAGCUGGACAAACAAAUAAAAUCACUGCCUUUAAGAGCAUGUCUUCCACA